AUGCUUACCUUUCCUCCUAUUCCUGGUCGGUUUCCCGUCGGCAUCACAACUUUCGCUGCACCGCUAGCCACUGAGGUCUUUGGAAACUCUAAAAUCAUACUUGAGGGUGAACGCAAACAUGCUCUCAUUUCCGACGAACUCAUCUUCACCGCAUAUUAUCCUACUUCGCCGGACGGCGCACAGAAGAAGGGCUAUCACUGGCUGUUAAGGCCAGUUGCCGAUUCUCUUCGCGGAUAUGCGCAUUUUUCUGGUGUUCCCUCGUGGAUGGUCUGGCCGAUUCUGAACUUCUAUGGUGCCCAUAUUAAGAUUCCAGCAUUUAAAAAUGCACCGCUUCGAGAACCAGAGACAAACGCCUCUGGGGAGAAGACACCUUGGCCUUUGACCAUCUUCUCGCAUGGACUAGGAGGUAGCCGUACCGCGUACAGUCAAAUAUGUUGCAGACUGGCCGCUACGGGCCGCGUGGUGCUAGCCAUCGAACAUCGAGACGGUUCAGGUCACGUAUGCGUGUCCCGUCGAUCUCCGCCACUACUAUAUAUCAAGACUUCGCAACUUCUCUGGGAUGAAGGUGUUGACGAGGACAUCUUUUCCUUCCGCAACGACCAGCUGAGGCUUAGAAGGCGAGAAAUCUACGCUACCUAUGAUGCCUUCAGGCACUUGGUUGAGAAAGGACAUGAUGAAUCAGACGAUCUUCAAGUCAUUGAUAGGUCGAGUAUUAAUUGGAAGAGUUGGUCAGCAACUCCAAACAUCAUAGCAGUGCAGUGUAACCAAGACGUACUUAUGGCAGCCCACUCUUACGGCGGUGCUACGACGUUCACUCUGCUUGCUGACAUGGCUUCCUCUCAACCGCGCAUCCCAAUCACCAGCGCGUUAGUUUUAGACCCAUGGGUAGAGCCUUUGGCUAAAGACCUACUGGACAUAUCUUUUACCAUGAAUGAGCCACCUCGACUACUAAUCGUCAAUUCGGAAGCCUUCACUCUCUGGAAAGACAACUUCAGCAAACUCGAAUACAUGCUUGAUAGAUGGGCGCCUGAACGAAAGCAUCUGCUGACUAUUGUACGUGGCGUACAUAUUUCUUUCUCUGAUUUUCCUCUGCUACCUUUCUUUGCGAGGAAUAAGGCUCGCCAGUUAAUGGACUUAAUUUGGACACUUUCGCAUUCGUUCAUAGACAAUAAACUGGAAGGCAAGUUAGAGGAGUUAUCGACUCGCGGAAUGAAAGUGAAGAUCGUAGGCAAGAAGAAGGAUGGGAAGCCCAAGAGAGAGCUGAUCGGAGGUUUGGGCGAUGUCGUCGUACACUGACCCCCCCGAACCUCCUCAGAUCUCUCGCAUGACUAUCUGCGGGGUACAUCUAGGUCGAUCAUCAUUUCUGAGACGCGCGCUGCAGAACACACGGAGGGCCACUUACAUACCAUUCACUUCGCACUACAACUAAUGCAGAUCAUACAUGUGUAGGCAGUAUCAUUAUUGCGAACUGUACGUGCACGUUACAUGUCCGUAUAUGAGCGACCAGUACUUCGAUCGGAAUUCGUUGUGCUAAUUGCAU